AUGGAGCUGAGCUUGGAGAGCCUGGGGGGCCUGCACGGCGUGGCCCACGCGCAGGCAGGCGAGCUGCUGAGCCCCGGCCACGCGCGCUCGGCGGCGGCGCAGCACCGCGGCCUGGUGGCGCCGGGGCGCCCGGGCCUGGUGGCGGGCAUGGCGAGCCUGUUGGACGGCGGCGGCGGCGGUGGGGGCGGCGCCGGGGGAGCCGGAGCUGCGGGCGGCGCAGGUAGCGGCGCCGACUUCCGCGGGGAGCUAGCCGGCCCGCUGCACCCAGCCAUGGGCAUGGCCUGCGAGGCGCCCGGGUUGGGCGGCACUUACACGACGCUGACGCCCCUGCAGCACCUGCCUCCACUCGCCGCCGUGGCCGACAAGUUCCACCAGCACGCGGCGGCCGCGGCCGUGGCCGGGGCGCACGGCGGCCACCCCCACGCGCACCCGGCGGCCGCACCGCCCCCUCCACCCCCGCCGCAGCGCCUGGCGGCCAGCGUGAGCGGCAGCUUCACCUUGAUGCGCGACGAACGCGCGGCGCUCGCCUCCGUAAGCCACCUCUACGGGCCCUACGGCAAGGAGCUGCCCGCCAUGGGAUCGCCGCUGUCGCCGCUGCCCAACGCGCUGCCACCGGCGCUGCACGGCGCCCCGCAGCCGCCGCCCCCGCCCCCGCCGCCCCCGCCGCUGGCCGCCUACGGCGCACCUGGCCACCUGGCUGGGGACAAGCUGCUGCCGCCUGGCGCCUUCGAGCCGCACGCCGCACUCCUGGGGCGCGCCGAGGACGCGCUGGCCCGCGGGCUGCCCGGAGGGGGCAGCGGCGCUGGCGGCGGCGGCGCGAGCGGCGGGGGCGCCGCGGGGCUGCUGGCGCCCCUAGGCGGGCUGGCUGCGGCCGGGGCGCACGGGCCACACGCGGGCGGUGGCGGUGGUCCGGGCAGCGGCGGCAACGGCGGUGGCCCGGGCGCGGGCGCAGCGGCCGAGGAGAUUAAUACCAAGGAAGUGGCGCAGCGCAUCACGGCCGAGCUGAAGCGCUACAGUAUCCCGCAGGCCAUCUUCGCGCAGCGCAUCCUGUGCCGCUCGCAGGGAACCCUCUCCGACCUGCUGCGCAACCCCAAGCCCUGGAGCAAGCUCAAGUCGGGCCGAGAGACCUUCCGCAGGAUGUGGAAGUGGCUGCAGGAGCCUGAGUUCCAGCGCAUGUCGGCGCUACGCCUAGCAGCUUGCAAGCGCAAGGAGCAGGAGCAGCAGAAGGAGCGCGCGCUGCAGCCCAAGAAGCAGCGGUUGGUGUUCACCGACCUGCAGCGGCGCACGCUGAUCGCCAUCUUCAAGGAGAACAAGCGGCCGUCCAAAGAAAUGCAGCUCACCAUCUCGCAGCAGCUCGGCCUGGAGCUCAACACCGUGAGCAACUUCUUCAUGAACGCGCGGCGCCGCUGCGUCAACCGCUGGGCCGACGAGCCGGGCGCGACUCCCGCGGGCCCCGCCGCUGCCGCCGCCGCCACCUUCUCCAAGGCCUGAGCCCCGGGGCGGGGGCGGCCUGGGCCCAGCGCACAAACGGCCCUGCCCCUCCAGGCCAAAGGAAGCCCUGCGCCCCCAUACCCCCUUACCCACACACACCCUGCGCCCCGAAGGAGCGGGCGGCAGGGAGAGGCCCCCUCCGUCCCCCAGCCUCCAUUCUGGACGCCCCAGGACUUCCUGGGGUGUCCCCAGCCCUCCAUCCCCAAGGCGGGUUGACAAGCACAUUCAAGACCAGGAACGGGGUCACUGCAGUAGGAUUCUAAAGAAUCCUUAGCCCUCCCGCUCCCUCCCCGCAAAACGUCCAGGCCCAGGCAGCGCUGGGACCCCACGAGCGUCCGCGACGCCACCCCCGCCCCUAGCGACUCCGCGUGCCAAGAUUCGCCGUCGCCUGCCUUAACGCCUGCGGCGGCGACGGCGAGAGCAGUCCCGGCCUCGCCUCCUUCCCUCCCUCCCUGUAGGCACCUUGAAGGCCGGCGAGCAGCCCGGGAAAUGCCCACCCGCGCCCGGGACCCCUGGUGGAGCGCCACGGAGCCGACCUGGUGGAGCAGAGCUGGAAGGUGGGGUCCGCCUGCGCCCAUUUCUUUGCCAAAAAAAAAGAAGAAGAAAAGAAAAAGAAACCCAAAGACAAAAACAAUUGUGCGAGGGGAUAGGGGUCUUGGAGAAGACGAGCCCUCCGUGGCUUCCGGCGACCCCGCAGGACCACCGGCCACGCAGCUGGACCGACCCCGACCCUCCCCGGAGAGCGGAGCGCGCCGCCGCCGGCUAGGUUAGGCUACCUCAGUAACGUUCACAUUUGUGAUUGGAAAAAUCACGCCGAUACCAAAGAUCCCCUCCCCCAAGGACCUGACUGGAUUCUGGGGUUCCCUGCCUCCUGCCCCUCCGGAGAGAGAGAGAGAUUGAGCGCGCGAGCGAGAGAGAGAGAGCGCGAGCGAGGAAGCGAGCGAGCGAGCAGUGAGGUCGAUGAGUGCCUUUCUCCUGAACCAAAGAAGUGUGUGGAAUGUUCUCUUGUCCUUAUCCACUCGCUAUGCUCCAGCUUUGAGAAACCCGAUCUGAGUGAUGCGUCUAGAACCUUCUGGGAGUUGGGGCAGGAUCCUCCGAGUGUAGAAUCCCUGUUCCCGCUCUGCCACCAACCUUCCCCCAACCCCCAGUCCACGCGCGCGCGCGCACAUGCACCUGCUAAUACCCUCCUUCCCGCCCACUUGG